GGAUAAUUCCUAUUACCCAUUCCCCUUCCUUAUAACGCCUUCUAUACAAUCUCUUUUGUCAACACAGUCACUCACAAACAUUUGGGUUUUGUCCAAAUUGGAGGCCCAGACAAAAUGAGAAUUCCACCACCAACACGUGAAGAGGAAAAUCCAUGCUUUAUUUGUAGGAAUAACGUUAAUAUCAUGGAUGAUAGCAUGUAUAUUCGCAUGGUUCAGCAUCUCAUCGAGAAGUGCCUGCUCUUUAACAUGGAUCGCCAUGAAUGUGUUCAAACCCUCGCCAAGCGUGCCCACAUUCAUCCUCUCAUCACUCUUGCAGUUUGGAAUGGCCUACUUCGAGAGAACAGAGAUUUUUUUCGAACCUAUUUCAUAGGCAGAUCACAGAUUUACAAUGCUCAGAUUCACAGUAGGGAUCCAACAUACUAUAUGAGGCAUUGCAGAAGGAAGUGAAAGAGUCCCAACAUAGAGGCGGCUGUAUGCAUACUUUAUAACUUGUAUAUGUUUGUAUACAACUCUUCUCAAUAGAAUAUGAGUUGUUUGGUAAGAGAUAUAUGGGCACUAGUUAGGGUGAUGGGGGAGAUAACUUUCUGUUGGCAAUCAGAGCUAUUCAUAUAGGAAACACAGAUGAUCAAGCUUGAUCAAAUACCUUAAUGGGGAUUGAGAUCCCAUGGCUAAUUUGUAGUAUCAGUUAGGAAGAGCCUGUGGUGCUGGCUAUUUAGUUUCAGCCCAUCAGUCAAAUAUCUUCUAUUUAUUAUCUAUAGCAUGAUGUAUUUCAGUAUUAAUUAAAGAUCAUAAUCCUGCUGUCUAUUUACUUUCAGCCCAUCAAUCAAAUAUCUUGUGUAUUACAAUAAACAUAGCAUGAUGUAUUUCAGUAUUAAUUAAAGAUCAUAUUCCUGCUCA